AUGUCGAAGCAGUUUGUCAGAUCUGCGAAGAAUCUUGUGAAGGGCUACUCUUCUACCCAGGUGCUGGUGAGAAAUGCCACGUCCAACGACAACCAUCAGGUCUCCAAGGACUCGUUGAUUGAACUGGCUGAAAAAUCGUACGAUAGCGCAGAUUUUUUUGAAAUAAUGGACAUGCUAGACAAGAGACUGAAUGAUAAGGGGAAAUAUUGGAGACACAUUGCGAAGGCUUUGACUGUGUUGGACUAUUUGAUCAGGUUUGGCAGCGAAAACUGCGUUCUUUGGUGUAAAGAAAACUUGUACAUUAUUAAAACUUUAAAGGAGUUUAGACACGAGGACGAUGAAGGUGUAGAUCAAGGCCAGAUUGUGAGGGUCAAAGCCAAGGAAUUGACGACAUUGUUAUCCGACGACGAAAGAUUAAACGAGGAAAGGAACAUGAAUAUCAAGGGCAGAAGUAGGAAAGGAAGAAAGAGAAGAGGAACCGGGCGUAAUGACGAGGACGACGAUGAUUUGCAGAGAGCCAUUGAUGCCAGUAGGAUGACAGCAGAAGAGGACGAAAGAAGAAGAAAGCAGGACGAGGAUUAUGAAACCGCUUUGCAGUUAAGUAAAGAGGAAGAGGAGUUAAAAAGACUGCAAGAUUUACAGAGGAUGCAACAAGUGCAUGCACAACAACAACAGCAGCAACCUAUGUACUAUGAUAUCUUUGGCAACCCAAUCACGCCCGAGGAAUAUGCACAAUUUCAAUUACAACAACAACAACAACAACUACAACAACAGCAGCAACAACAGGAAGCGAUGUACUACGACGUAUUUGGAAAUCCUAUAUCACCCGAAGAACUGGCACAUUUCCAACAACAACAAUAUAUCGCUUCUUUGCAACAGCAACAGCAGGUUCCGUCCAACAACCCAUUUGCUAAGCCCAACCAAGAAGUUACUUCACAGAAACAAGACCAGUCUUUCAUGGCCUCUUCAUCGAUGCAACAGCAACAGCAACAGCAACCAUUAACUCAAACAAGAACCGGUAAUCAAUCGAUGACGGACAAGUACGGUAAGCUAAACGAGUUACUGGCCACAGGUACCGGCAUUGACACAUUUGGCAACGUCGGGGACUCCCGUGUUCCCGCUCAACACACGAAAACGGGAACGUUCAUUAAUUCCCAGGGAACAGGCUAUAGGCAAGUGUCCAAUGAUCCCAAGCAAAAUCCGUUUCUAAAUAGUCAAUAUACGGGUUUACCAAGUACCAACAUUGUACCAACCCAAACAGGCUACGGAUUUGGUAACCAGCCACAGCAGCAAUCUCAGAAUAACCGCUCAAAUAGCCAGGGGUAUACUCUAAUUGACCUAUGA